CAGCCGGGGGAAGAGCAGCAAGAGGGGGCAGAGACCGUGAGAGAGUCUACAGCCAGUAACCGACCCACAGCUGGACAGAAGCAAGACGAAAGCACGAUGUACUCCCAGCUCUGUCCCGACACCCUCUGGGUGCUGCUGCUCAGCCUCCUCUGCAUUCCUGCAGCACACACAGCAAAAUGUCCAAAGGAGUGCAUCUGUGACCAGAUCCAGCUCACUGUGACCUGCGUCAACAAGAACCUGACCCAAGUUCCUCCAACUGUUGACGAGAUCACAGUGAAAUUAGAUCUUCGAGGCAACGACAUCCAGGAACUGCCUUCCGGGGCUUUCAAACACACACCCUACCUGACUCACCUGUCGCUGCAGCGCUGUAACAUCCGCAGGGUGAAGGAGGGGGCUUUCCGCAGCCUUGGUCGCCUGGUCUUCCUCAACCUGGCCAACAACAACAUCGACAUCCUCUACCAGGAGUCAUUUGACGGCCUGUCCUCGCUGAAGCAGCUCAUGAUUGACCGUAAUCGCGUGGAAGAGAUCCAGCCUGGAGCUUUCUCUCAGCUCGGCUUCCUCAACCUGCUCUCCCUUACACACAACCAGCUGGUCUACAUCCCCAACAUGGCCUUCCAGGGCUUGCAAAACAUCAAAUGGCUCCGUCUUAGUCACAACUCUCUAAACUACCUGGACACUGAGGCCUUCGCUGGGCUGUUUACGCUCACCCGUCUCAGUCUGGAUCACAAUGAGCUGCAGUUCUUCCCCACUGAGACCAUGACCAGACUGCCAGAGGUGACCCGUCUGGAUCUGAGCUACAACCCAAUGACUUACCUUGGAGAGGAUGCAGUGUCCAUGGCCAAACUGACCCACCUCUUCCUGGACCACAUGUCCCUGCAGGACAUGGCAAACACAGCUGUAUCAAAAUCCCCCAACCUCGUCCACCUGGACAUCAGCUACAACCAGCUGCGUGUCAUCCAGCCCUUCUCUGAAGGUUCACCCAAGCUGGCACGCCUCAACCUGGCUGGGAACCCCAUCUACUGCAACUGCUACCUGCGUCCACUCAGGGAGUGGUCGAUUCGGAACAAGGUGAAGCUGAUGGGGACAUGUGGAGGACCGGCCCAUCUGUCAGGAGAGAACCUGGAGGCUGUUCACCCUCCUGAGUUGCGCUGUCAGAGCCAGGAGGCCAUGCUGAAGGCAGAAUUUGAGGAGGCAACCCGGAUCACACCACCCACACCAGAGCCAGAGAACAAGGUCAAGUGUCCUGCUAACUGUGUCUGCGAGGCUGAGACACACCACUCCUCGUGUGAGAACCGCGGUCACACCAAAAUUCCUCGGGGUUUCGCUCCCAACACGCGUCUCCUCGACCUGCGUGGCAACAACUUCCACUACAUCCCUAGCAACAGCUUCCCCGGUGUUGCCCAGGUCGUGUCCCUACAUCUGCAGCGCUGCAAGAUCGUGGAGGUUGAGGGUGGGGCUUUCAGUGGAAUGAAGGGAGUGAUUUACCUGUACCUGUCGGAGAAUGACCUCACUUCCCUCAGCCCUGACGCCUUUAAAGGCCUCCCUCAGCUGACCUACCUCCACCUGGAGAAGAAUCGCUUCACUGGUUUUCCCAAAGGAGCCUUCAAACUGGUGCCCAGCCUUCUGGCACUGCACUUGGAGAACAACUCCAUCUCCAAGCUGGAGCCAGACAUCUUGACCGGAGCUGAGGGCCUCAGAGCCCUCUACCUCACUGGAAACGCCAUCGAUCAUGUGUCAUCCAGGGCUCUGGACCAGGCCAGUGACCUUGAUACACUCCAUCUGGGAGGGAACAAGCUGACGGAGGUGCCCACUGAAGCGCUGAGCAAGGCGGGAAACCUCAGAGACCUGAGGCUGUCAGGGAAUUCAGUUCGCUGGGUGGGGCCGAAUGCUUUUCGACCAUUGGAGAGCUCACUGAAGGAGUUGUAUCUGGAUAACAUGGGACUGGAGAAGAUGUCACAGAACUCCCUGGCAGGUCUGGGUCCAGGGUUGAGGAGUCUUUUUUUAGAGGGCAACCAGCUGGAAGAGGUGCCUAACCUCCACCCUUUCACUUCACUGGAGGUCAUCAACCUGGCCAACAACCCUCUGAUGUGUGACUGCCCUCUGCUGCCGCUACGCAUGUGGAUUGAGAAAGUUAACCUGAAGGUACGAGCCACCUGUGCCAAUCCCCCUGAGCUGAGGGGUCGCAGGGUCAAGGACGUCCAUGUUUUCAAAGCCUGUCCUGGGGGUGAGAGCCUCCCUGCUGCCCCAACCCCAAAGCCUGCCAAGGCACCCAAGGCAACCAAACCCAAACCAAUGCACCUCAACGGCCUUCGGCAGGUCAAAAUGCUCAAGGCCAAAUCCAAACUUCGCAAAAGUCCAAACCCAAAACCAGCAGCAGCCAGGAAAACCACCAAGAGACGCAGCAUGGCCUGAA